UUUCCCUCUCCUCCUCCUCCUCUCCUCUCCUCCUCCUGCCGCCCCUGCCCCUCCUGCCGCGCUCUGCCGGGCAGGGCAGCGCCGCGCCGGCCUCCGGGCAAGGUUCGGCCGCUGGGCGCCGGGGGCGGUGACGGCCGCCCCUGCAGCCGCGGGCCCCGCCGGGCUCCCAGCGCCGUCAGGCCUCGGCGGCGGCACGGCCUUCCCUGCCGCUGCUGGUGCUCCAGGUUAACAUCGCCCUUUCCCCCUCUCCCGUCUGCAAGAAGGCGAUGAUGGCGUUGGGGACACUCUUGAGGAAGCCGCCGCUGCCGCCGAGCAGUUGUAGAGCCUUCUGGGGAUGGCUGAAUGCCGUGUUCAACAAGGUGGACCACGAGCGCAUCCAGGCCGUGGGGCCGGACCGCGCCGCCUCCGAGUGGCUGCUGCGCUGCGGGGCCCUGGUGCGCUACCAGGGCUCGCCCCGCUGGCAGCGCGACUACAACGGGCUCCCCACGGGCCCGCGGGGACAGCACAGGAUCGAGGCCAUCAGCGCCACCGACGCCUGCAUCAUGCACAGGGGCUUUGAAUACCUGGAUGGGCUGGAGCACGUCACGGACAUCAAGCUGGAGAAGUGCAUGUACAUCCAGGACGAGUGUCUGCAGAGGCUCAGCGAGACCAGCACGCUGCAGAAGAGCCUGCAGCAGCUCAAGAUCAUUUCCUGUGGGAAUGUCACAGACAGAGGCAUCCUUGCACUCCACAAGUUGGCGAACCUGGAAUAUUUGUAUCUGAGUGACCUUCCUGGGAUCAGAGAGAAAGAAAAGACCUUCCGAGUCCUUCAGCAGGCGCUGCCCAAGCUGGUGCUGGAGCUGGAUUUGGAAUAAACACAGCAGCACGUAGCUGAGAUGUAUGUGAUUUCCUAGUAUUUAUCUUAUGUUGCAUAAAUGGAGUUGUAGACACUGCUGUAUUCCCAGCAUGGAAGCAAGCCCAGCUCUCCCAGUCCAGCCUCAAAGGUGUAUGUGACCUUUUGAGAAAUCAUGCUAUUCAGUUUUAUUAAGCUUAAACAACAGACAAGGCAGGCCUCUGCAUGUAGGCAUCUGUUCCCUGUUUUUCUGGGAAGCUCUGAAUACCUCAGUUCAAGUUCUCAGUACUUCAUUGCACAGAAGCAAAGUGGGGGAAUGGUGGGGUGUGUGUGGCCGCUGUGUGGUGCUGGUGCUGUUCCCUCCGGGUGCUGAUUUAAUAAAAGAGGUUCUGGGUCUUUUUGUGUUCUCCA